AUGACAGAGAGAGAGCAAAUGAGCAUGAAGUAGACACAAGGGGGAAAUCUGGUUACUUUCUGAAAAGUCCCUAUAGUGAAAGCAAGAGGUGCAUCUGGGGACUGGUACUCCCUUUUCAUGAGGCCAUUAGCUUUUAACUUGGCCCUCCCUUCCCAUCUGGGGAGAAAUACUAAAGUAAUGGAGAUCCCUCCUUGCACAGUGGAGAGAUAAUCGAUCUGAACUGCUAGAUUUUUUUUGGAAAUUUACACAUCUUCUCCUUCCCCUUUACACAACCAACCUGCAAGAUGUCUAAGUCGGAGUGCAAUGGAGGACCUUUGGGCUCUCCAGAGGCACCACACCAAUCAGCAGCCACGGCUUUUGUGGAAGCAUCAGGCCAGGCCAUAGCAUGGACGCUUACGAGUGGGGGUUCAGAUACUUUGGGCUCUACUGGCAGCCUUGCUCAGAAGAAGCGUCAGCAGCAGAACAAGCAUAAGACCCAGAGCUCCAACGUGGUGCACCGUUCACCACGAGCCCUCUUCUGUCUACAUUUGAACAAUCCCAUCCGCAGAGCUGCUAUCAGCAUAGUAGAGUGGAAACCUUUUGACAUCCUCAUCCUUAUGACAAUCUUUGCCAAUUGUGUGGCCUUAGGAGUCUAUAUUCCCUUUCCAGAGGAUGAUUCCAAUGUCUCCAACCACAAUUUGGAACAAGUGGAAUAUAUUUUUCUCAUCAUCUUCACAGUGGAAACUUUCCUCAAGAUCCUUGCCUAUGGUCUGGUCAUGCAUCCUAGCGCCUAUAUUCGCAAUGGCUGGAAUCUUCUUGAUUUUGUCAUUGUUGUAGUGGGUCUCUUCAGUGUCAUUCUGGAACAAGUCUCUCACAAGCCUGGGGAGGCCCAUCACAUGAGUGGGAAGCCAGGUGGCUUUGAUGUCAAAGCCCUGCGAGCUUUUCGUGUCCUGCGACCUCUGCGUCUGGUCUCUGGUGUCCCUAGUCUGCAUAUUGUCUUGAAUUCUAUCAUGAAAGCCAUGGUGCCCCUUCUGCACAUAGCACUACUAGUUCUUUUUGUCAUCAUCAUCUAUGCCAUCAUUGGCUUGGAGCUCUUCAUUGGUCGCAUGCAUAAGACCUGCUUCAUCAUUGAUUCAGAUCUGGAGGCUGAGGAAGACCCGUCACCUUGUGCUUUUUCUGGACACGGUCGGGAAUGCACAGUAAACAAUAGCGAAUGUCGUGGCAGGUGGGAUGGACCCAAUGGUGGAAUCACCAAUUUUGACAACUUCUUUUUUGCCAUGCUUACUGUCUUCCAAUGCAUUACCAUGGAAGGUUGGACUGAUGUUCUAUACUGGAUGCAAGAUGCAGUGGGUCAUGAACUACCGUGGGUUUAUUUUGUCAGCCUUGUCAUCUUUGGCUCUUUCUUUGUGCUUAAUCUGGUUUUGGGUGUGUUAAGUGGGGAAUUCUCUAAGGAACGAGAGAAGGCAAAAGCCCGGGGAGACUUCCAAAAGCUACGAGAAAAACAACAGAUGGAGGAAGAUUUGAAGGGCUAUCUGGAUUGGAUCAUGCAAGCAGAAGACAUUGAGCCCGAUGAAGAAAAAGAUGAGACAAGUGAAAAGCAUACUUACGUUACUGUGGCCAACCUGAUGGAAAAGAAGAGGAAGAAGAAAUGGUUCAGGCAUAGAAGUCAUUCCUCCGACAGCCACACCAGUCUUCCUGCCAGCGAAAGUACCUCGGUCAACACGGAGAACGUUGAAGAUGAAGAGCACCUUCAGAGCCACUGCUAUGAUGUGUGUUUACGAAAGCUUUCCAAGACAAAAUUUGGCCGCCAUGUACAGCGUAUCAACCGACUUUUUCGGAAGAAGUGUCGUUUGGCUGUCAAAUCUGUCUCUUUCUACUGGAUGGUCCUGCUCCUUGUGUUUCUGAAUACCCUCACCAUUGCUUCUGAACAUUACAGGCAGCCUUAUUGGCUCACCCAAAUCCAAGCUUAUGCUAACAAAGUACUGUUGUCACUGUUCACCCUGGAGAUGCUGCUGAAGAUGUACAGCCUAGGCCUCCAAGCCUAUUUUGUCAGCUUCUUCAACCGUUUUGACUGUUUUGUGGUAUGCGGUGGGAUUUUGGAGACUGUCCUGGUAGAAUUCGAGAUCAUGCAAGCCCUUGGAAUCUCUGUGCUCCGUUGUGUCCGCCUCCUGCGAAUCUUCAAAAUAACCAGGCAUUGGGCCUCACUGAGCAACCUUGUGGCUUCUUUGCUGAAUUCCAUGAAGUCCAUUGCUUCCUUACUUCUACUGCUGUUCCUCUUCAUUAUCAUCUUCUCCUUGCUAGGCAUGCAACUCUUUGGUGGCAAAUUUAACUUUGAUGAGACUCAGACCAAACGCAGCACCUUUGACACUUUCCCCCAGGCCUUGCUCACUGUCUUCCAGAUACUGACAGGAGAAGAUUGGAAUGCAGUGAUGUAUGAUGGAAUCAUGGCCUACGGUGGCCCCUAUUUUCCCGGCAUGCUGGUCUGCAUCUAUUUCAUUAUUCUCUUUAUUUGCGGCAACUAUAUCUUACUCAAUGUCUUCUUGGCUAUUGCAGUGGACAAUCUUGCUGAUGGGGAUGAUAUUAAUUCCUCCAAAGAAGAGAAACAGGCACCAGCAGAGGGAGAACAGAACAAAGAGGAAGAGAAGAAAACUGUGAAGGUGGGGUCCAAACACACAUGCAUAAGUUUAGGUUCUGAUCCAAGUUCCCUGGAUAAUAGAGUAGAAGGUGGGGAGGAGGAGGAGGAGGAGGAGGAGGAGGAGGAGGUGGCUGUAGAAGAAGGCAAUGAAGGAGCAGGAGAGGAAGAGGUGGCAGAUCAGCAGAGUUUGGCAGAGUCCCACCUAGACAAACUGGAAGACACUCCCAAGGAGAAAGUUGUACCAAUUCCUGAUGGAAGCGCCUUUUUUUGCCUUAGCCAGACAAACCCCCUUCGUGUUGGGUGCCACAAGCUGAUCCACCAUCACAUCUUCACCAAUCUCAUCCUUGUCUUCAUCAUUCUUAGCAGCAUCUCUUUGGCAGCUGAAGAUCCCAUCCGAGCCCACUCCUUCCGCAACAAUAUUUUGGGCUACUUUGACUAUGCCUUCACGUCUAUCUUCACUGUUGAGAUCUUGCUCAAGAUGACUUCAUAUGGUGCCUUCCUGCACAAGGGCUCAUUCUGCCGGAACUGGUUUAAUCUCCUGGAUCUGCUUGUUGUCAGUGUCUCACUCAUCUCCUUUGGCAUCCACUCCAGUGCCAUCUCUGUGGUGAAGAUCUUGCGGGUACUAAGGGUACUCCGUCCUCUCCGAGCCAUCAACCGAGCCAAAGGGCUGAAGCACGUGGUACAAUGUGUGUUUGUAGCAAUCCGCACCAUUGGAAAUAUCAUGAUUGUCACCACCUUGCUGCAGUUCAUGUUUGCUUGCAUUGGCGUUCAGUUAUUCAAGGGCAAAUUCUUUAGCUGCACAGAUGAGGCCAAGCAUACCCCAGUUGAGUGCAAAGGCACAUUCAUUGUGUACAAGGAUGGGGAUGUAGCUCACCCAAUGGUGCGUGAGCGCAUGUGGCUCAACAGCGACUUCAACUUUGACAAUGUGCUGUCAGGCAUGAUGGCUCUCUUCACUGUCUCCACUUUUGAGGGAUGGCCAGCGCUCUUGUACAAAGCUAUUGAUGCCAAUGCAGAAAACCAAGGACCAAUAUACAAUUACCGGGUAGAGAUCUCCAUAUUCUUCAUUGUCUACAUCAUCAUCAUUGCUUUCUUCAUGAUGAAUAUCUUUGUGGGCUUUGUCAUCAUCACUUUCCGGGCCCAAGGAGAGCAGGAAUACAAAAACUGUGAGCUGGACAAGAACCAGCGGCAAUGUGUGGAAUAUGCCUUGAAGGCUCAACCCUUACAACGUUAUAUUCCAAAGAACAAAUAUCAAUACAAAUUCUGGUAUAUGGUCAAUUCCACUUGUUUUGAAUACAUCAUGUUUGUACUGAUCUUGCUGAACACUAUUGCUUUGGCUGUACAGCACUAUGAACAAUCAGAGCCUUUUAAUAACGUGAUGGAUCUGCUCAAUAUGGUGUUCACAGGCCUCUUCACCGUUGAAAUGUUUCUGAAGAUUAUUGCCUUCAAGCCCAAGCACUACUUUGUUGACGCAUGGAAUACCUUUGAUGCUCUGAUUGUGGUUGGGAGUAUCGUAGACAUUGCUGUUACUGAAAUCAACAGCUCAGAGGACAGUUCCCGUAUCUCUAUCACCUUCUUCCGCCUUUUCCGUGUCAUGCGCCUGGUCAAGCUCCUCAGCAAAGGUGAAGGUAUCCGUACCCUCCUCUGGACUUUCAUCAAAUCUUUCCAGGCUUUGCCAUAUGUGGCCCUCCUCAUUGCCAUGAUUUUCUUUAUCUAUGCAGUCAUCGGCAUGCAGACCUUUGGCAAAAUAGCUAUGCAAGAUAGUACAGCCAUCAAUCGCAACAAUAAUUUCCAGACCUUUCCACAAGCUGUGUUGCUGCUUUUCAGGUGUGCCACAGGGGAAGCCUGGCAGGAGAUCAUGCUGGCCAGCUUGCCUGGCAAGCGCUGUGACCCUGAGUCUGAUUUUGAACCUGGGGAGGAAUUCACUUGUGGUAGCAACUUUGCUAUUGUCUAUUUCAUCAGCUUCUUCAUGCUGUGUGCCUUCUUGAUCAUUAACCUCUUUGUUGCUGUCAUCAUGGACAAUUUUGACUAUCUCACUCGGGACUGGUCCAUUCUGGGUCCCCACCACCUCGAUGAGUUCAAGAGGAUCUGGUCGGAAUAUGAUCCAGCUGCCAAAGGUUACAUCAAGCAUCUGGAUGUGGUGACCCUAUUGCGCCGGAUACAGCCACCUCUGGGUUUUGGGAAGCUCUGUCCCCACCGAGUAGCCUGCAAAAGGCUGGUGGCCAUGAACAUGCCAUUGAACUCAGAUGGAACUGUCACUUUCAAUGCCACUCUCUUUGCUCUGGUGCGUACAUCACUAAAGAUCAAGACAGAAGGAGACCUGGAUAUGGCCAAUAGGGAACUCCGUGCUGUCAUCAAAAAGAUCUGGAAACGGACUAAGCCCAAAUUACUGGAUGAGGUGUUACCUGUUGCAGAAGGGGAGGAGAUAACCGUAGGAAAAUUCUAUGCCACAUUCCUGAUCCAAGAUUAUUUCCGUAAAUUCCGUAAGCGGAAAGAAAAGGGACUGCUUGGACCAGAUGGGUCCCCAAGCAACUCCUCCGCCUUGCAGGCUGGACUGAGCUACUUACAAGAUCUAGGGCCUGAGAUCCGCAGAGCAAUAUCUUGUGACCUGGAAAGAAAAGAGGAGGAGGAGGAAGAAGAAGAAGUUGAGGAGAAAAUCAUUGAGGAAGAGACAGCCAUUUACAAGAGUUCUGAGUUAUAUAGUGAAGCCCCUGAGCACCAUGCCGCAGUUGCUGAGACUCCAACAGAACAAGAAGACAAGACUAUGGCCUCUCAGCACCUCUCUAAGACCAGCUCCUCCCAUGUGUUAAAUGGGCUGAAGCCCUAUGAAGAGAACAUUAGUGGCAGUGAUGAGCCUGCUGACUUGCCUGUUGUUUCCAUUCAACGCAGGAUAAACAGGCAACGUUCCAGUUUCCCACCAACAGUAGAAGAAGUAGUUAACCACACUGAUGUUUGUGUAGAGGACACCUCAGCUGAGCAGGGAAACUAUAGCCGGGAGGAAGACUCUGAAAACCUGCCGCCUCAUAACAAGCAGCCUCAUCUGCACAACCCUCAGUCCCACCAGCAUCACUGGCAGAGUGGCUACGCGGGCUCUCUGCCUCUGCUCUCCCAUCCGGUCAACAGCAGACUCGGCAAAGGAGUACUGGACGGCAGGCAGAUCAAGCGCCGGCGCCUCUUGCCUGCCACUCCCGCAGGCCACAAACCAGCCUUCAACAUCCAGUGCCUGCAGCGUCAAGACAGCUGCGAUGACAUCCCCAUCCCAGGCACCUACCACCAAAAGGCACCACUGGGCCGAACACAUGCGCAGUCCCAUCAGGGCUAUGGCAAGUAUAGCUCAUGGCACAGUGGCAGCCGCACUUCAACAUCUUCCUCGCAAUCUUGGGCCACGCCUCCAAAACGGGGCCGGCUGCUCUAUGCUCCGCUCAUCCUAGUGGAGGAGGAGAGGGUGCCAGGAUACAGCUGGGAAAAGAAUAGCAGCAGCCUUCCACCCAUGUCGCAGGCCCACUGGUACAGGAAUGAAGCCGAGCUGACCUGCCACACCUAUGGAAGCCUCAAGGUUCCAAGCCCACUCCGGCACAGCUCCGGUGGAAGAUCUGGCAGCGCGGACAGUCUGGUGGAGGCGGUGCUCAUCUCCGAAGGCCUAGGCAUGUAUGCACAGGACCCAAAUUUUGUGGCCUUUACCAAGCGGGAGAUUGCUGAUGCCUGCCACAUGACUCUGGAUGAAAUGGAAAGUGCUGCCACGGACUUGUUGAGUCGCAAGUCUGCUGGUGGUGAUAGUAGCAACCGAGGUGGUGGAAGCCACCUUCUGUAUAGCAGUGAUGGGGAACAUAGCGGAGCUGAGAGUCUAGGCCUUGUUUAUAGUGAUGAAGAAAGCUUCCGUUCCCAUGAGGAAGAGGACUUGGCUGAUGAGAUGAUCUGCAUCACCACUUAUUGACCAAGAAAUGCCCUCCCAGCAGGGCAAAAAGAGUCAGUGGCUGCAGAACUGUUCAAAACAUUGCUAUGAUGGUUGUGGUUAUUUAAAAAACAACAGCAUUCAGGGUUAAGAAACCAAACACUGUCCUCACAUUGAUUGUAGCAGAAACAAUUAUUAGAACAAUUAAUAAGCUUUCCUGAUUUAGGGAACCUGCUCUUUAUCUUCCAGACUUUGGCUCUUCCAAAAACGGUACAGAAAACAGCAGCCUUGUACCUUUUCUUCUAAGGAAGGGUUCUGGAGUUGAACUGGAAUUCCCACACAAUUAGUUCUGGUUUUUUUUUAUCAAAAACAAUAGAUAUUGUUUAAAAGAUCUAGGAUGGGAAGCUAUUUUGCCAGAUCAUAUUAAAAAGAGAGAGAAAAGGUAAUUAUUCUCCAACAUCUUUUCCCUGAUGUUCACUAAUUACAACCAGUUCUUUUAUAGUUGCUUUUACAACAUGGUCCCUUCCAGAUACUUUGGAUUUCAGCUUUUAUACUGUAUUCUCCCAGCUUCCCAUGAUGAGGUCAACAUCCCACAAAUGAUCUUGGUGUCCUGAACUUUAUGUAAUAAAGAAUCCAGAACAAC